AUUUAUUUUUUAUUUUACCUUUAUUUAACCAGGUAGGCUAGUUGAGAACAAGUUCUCAUUUACAAUUGCGACCUGGCCAAGAUAAAGCAUAGCAGUGUGAACAGACAACAACACAGAGUUACACAUGGAGUUAACAAUAAACAAUAAAACACAGUAUGCCAUCUACGUUCAGCAUAUCCCAGGCAUUUUAACUGGGUUUCUCAUAACCGGGACACAAGCUUAUUCGGGUUAUUGUAAACGGGAUAUGAUGCUAAUACGCGUCAACUAAAAAACGGAAUACUAGAAUAUCCCAAAUAGUGAUGGAAUAUUGGUGUGCCUGUGAACAUGGUAACUUAUCAGGAAUCGACUAUAGGUCUAACUCACAAUUGAUAGUGGAUCCGGCCAUUUGAUCAAUAAUGUAUAACUGUAAUGUUUAAUACAGUAGAAAAUACACCCUUGUAGAAUUUAACACCUAACCAGCUGAAGUUUGACAUAUAACGUCCCAAGACAUGAGAUUUAUUUUUUAAUUACAUAAUCAAAUGGAAUUUAUCAUCAUACUCUCUCUACUUUGAAUUCUCAUGUUUUGACAACCUACGCCCUUUGACUGCCUGCUCCCCACACACACGCACACACACACCGUCAAACAAACACACAUCCAAGUAGGUCUUUGUGUAGGCGUGCAAACACACUCUGUGGCUCAAACAUUUCAACACACACACCUUCUCUUUGUAGGACCAACUUCUCAUUUUUCCUCGAGAAAAUAAGCACAUGACGCAAUAAACAAAAUUAAGCUACUCUUAAGUAAUUUGGCAUCUCUCCAACCCCACCUCUUUUUCAGUUAACAAAACUGUUUUACGAAGAAUUUGAUACUCUGAGGGGAAGAGAAAGGGAGGGGGAUAGAAAGAAGGGAGUGAACAGGAGGGAGGGAGCAAGCGAGAGAAAGGUGUUUUGGACAUGUACUAUAGUGCACGAGAUGUCAUUCACACAGUACAGGAGUUAAAGCAUGUGCCUUUAAGGUGGAUUCACAAUUUCAAUCCAAUCGUUUUCUCCAUGCAACAUAUGGGUCUCAUGCUUUUUUUAGUUCACCGUCACUGCCAUCUCUCACGCUACACUUGAAAUAGACAGCUGAUAUACAGAAAAGUAGAGUGAAGUGCAGGAGAGGAGGAAAGCUGAAGUGCGAGAGAGGAAGAGAAGGGUUGUGUCUUUCCGGUCUAUUUGCACCCAAGGACACCCUCGUGAACAACAAGCCCAGCAACCAGGAGAGACAGCAAGAGAACAACAGUUUGACUAUGUAAAAGCACUUCAUAUGCCUAACACUCAGUCAAACCUUUGUUAAUAAUCUAAGGCAAGGCCUGAAAGAAAGGGAAAUUCCGAGAGCAGUGAAGAUCAAAGCCUGACACACAAUCGUAGUCAGACCAAGAACCCCGGUACCUGAUGACGGAUACCGCUUUUCUUUUCUAGAGUGUACAUUUUUCUGCUCUAGACUUGUAAAACAAACCUCCAAUAUCUUUCAAGCCACAACACUGUCGCUGAUGCACCUCAGAAAGAGGAAGACAAACGUAAUCUGAGAGAUCCUUAAAACCCUUUAGGGACGGUUGACCUCUGUGACCCCUCUCACUUCUUGCCCAGUAUGGAGCGGAUACGGCUGAUGCUUGGGGCUCUGCUCCUCUCCCUCUCUCUGCCCAGUCUCCCUGCUCAAGAUAAUGCCACUGUCACUGUACCUGAGAAUGUCACCAUGGCAGCACCUAUUAAUGAGGAAGUCACGAUGGCAGCUUCUACAACGGAGGCCACCAUAGAGACAACGUCUGUUCCUGUGGUCAUCACUAGGGCACAGCCUGCCCCUGAAAUUAUCACCCCGGUAACUGCUAUUCCGAAAGUAACUUCUGUUUCAGGACCUACCACCGAUGCCAUCACUAUGGUAAUAACAAACCCUGAGAUCACCAGCGUUCAGGAGUCCACAUCUGAUGCACCAGCGACUACUUCAGAGACUGAGACGAUGACACCUUCCUCUGUGACCACUGAAGGGCCUAUAGAUACGACCACUCCACCUGGCCCUAAACCCACCCUCUCCCAAGACAUCCUUACAACCGCCUCUUAUCUCCCAACCACUUCCCAGGACCACUUGACUUCUGUUAUCCCAGUCUGGCCCCUCCACACCACCCCUCGUCUGACGGAGGACUCCACUUACACACCUGAACCUACACCUGCCUCAGAGAUUACUGUCUGCCACACAGAGGGACUUACCACUGCACCCACCUCCCCAUUGGUCAAUGCCGCCCCCGGCCAUGCCACGACCCCCACUACCACCCACACCUCCACAGAUCCAGACUCUACGGUGGCUGGGGUCAGAGUGGAGACAGGUCAGCCCAGCUUGUUAUGGGUCAUCAUCGUCGCUCUCCUGAUCGGGGUUAUAUUCGCGGGCGUGGUCUACUGUGUAUGUCUGGUCAUCAGACGAAAGAGGCAGAGCCGCACCGAGCACUUUGUGUCCAGCUUCCGGAACGGGAAGAGUUCCAAGCGGAAGAAAGGGGCGGAGGAAGACGCCUGGGCAGGGCCAGUGAAGCUAGGGGGUGGGGACGGGGAGGAGGAUGAGGGUGGGGAGGAGGGAAGGAGCCCAGAGGACAACAAGAGAGAGGGGGCUGGAACGGAUGUGGUGCUGAGCACAUUCAUAGCCAACGAGACUGAGGGAGAGAGGGGUGGGCCUGAUGGGGGAGUAGGAGUGGCUGGGAGCAAGGAGGCAGAGAAAUGGGAGGAGAAGGAGCCUCUGCUGUACAUUGAUGAGGGAGUGGAGGAGGGACAAGAGAGGAUGCAUCCUCCUUCACUUUCAAAAUCGAACCCAGAAAAGACAGGAGGGGAAAGAGGAGAGGGGGAAAAUGAAAAAGAAAUGGAGAGGGGAGAAGGGAAUGGAAAUAAAUAAAAUUAGAGUGAAAGAGGUAAGAAGAAUGGAGGAGCGGCAUUCUGUCUAACCACUGCAGUUUAAAAAUAGAAGAGUUUUCCAUUAAAAAGUUUUUCUAGGUGAUAAUGUAAAAGUUACAAAUAUGUUUGUACUACUGAAAAGGCCUUUGACAUUGUAUGUAUCUGUGAUUGUGUGCUCUGUCAACAUAACUCAGGGAAGAUAGAAGUGGUUGUGUGUAUGGUCAUAAGUUUUACCCCUGGUAUUUUGUAUGCUGUUUUGUCUUACAUUUUUUUGGUUUAAUAAAGUUUUAGAUGUG